AUGGAACCUGCCGUAUUUGGAAGAUGUGUGUUUAAGGACAAAACAGUUUCCAUUCCACUUCAAAGUGACUCAACUUUAAUGUUCUUGUGUUCUAAUAUAUGUUCAAGAUUCAAUGAGCUUGAGGUGGGGGCGUUUGAGAUGACUUACCUCGUGCCGGAUCAUCCUCCAUGUGUACUAGAGACGGACUUAGAUGUGCGUGUAAUGUAUAUGUCCUUGAUGAAUGAGGAGAAAUAUACAGUUACAAUUACAAUUGCUAUUAAGGAGUUUCUAUUUCCUGAAAAGCAAAACGGUGUUGAUGAUGUGUUUUGUGGUGAUGGUAAUAUGCAUAAUGCUAAGGACGAUUUCAUUGGGAAAUAUGCAGCACCUUCUGGUCAUACAUACUUGUCUCAGGCUUGGAAGAGCUACAUCAAUCAUGUGGGUAGAAGUUUAUUGGUGGGGUUAUUGAGUUCAGAGAAAAAUUGUGCAAGUAUGCGAUUGAGAAGGUGGCGUGUGCAUGCGUCAUUAUGUCCUGCAAAUGGGUUUUUUUACAUUCGGAGCCUGAACAACGAACACACUUGCAAAGGACGUAUCCGUGAACGUACGAGCAGCAUGAUGUCUUCGAAAAUUGUGUCCUCUGUUUGGGUUGACCAAAUCCAAUCUACACCAUUGAUUAAAUCGAUCGAAAUUGUCAAGGAUUUCAAGAAAAACUAUGGGUUGGACAUUUCUUAUCACAAUGCAUGGUACGGGAAGGAAUUAGCAAAGAAAGGGUCCAUGGUGAUGAGUCAUUGUCAUAUAAACACCUACCUUGGUACGUGGGAGCGGUGUUGA